GGCGGCCUCGGCCUCCCCCCCCCGCACCGGCCCCGCACCACCCGAGGCCCGAUGGAGUGAGGGGAGCCGAGCCCCAGUGCAUGGCGAAUGCGCCUCCAAGCCGGUCACUAUGGUACGGGAACGAAAAUGCAUAUUGUGCCACAUCGUAUACAGCUCAAAAAAGGAGAUGGAUGAACACAUGAGGAGCAUGCUGCACCACAGAGAGCUCGAGAACCUGAAAGGAAGGGACAGUAACCAUGAGUGCCGGGUGUGCCGGGUCACGGUGGUCGGCCUGUCGGCCUACGCCAAGCACAUUUCCGGCCAGCUGCACAAGGACGGCGUGGACGCCCUGGAACGGGAGGAAGAGGAACGUAAAGAGGAAGACGAGGACGACGGGGAGGAGGAGGAAGAGUACUUCGACAAGGAGCUCGUCCAGCUAAUAAAGCAGAGGAAGACGCAGAGCCGGCAAGAAGCGGCUUCCUCGGCCGGCCCGGAGCUGAACCCCGAUGAGAGACGGCCCCAGUGGCGGAGAGAAGAGCGCGCCUCGUACCAGGACCGGGAUGACUACGACCAGCCCGCCUGGCAGCACCGGGGACCCGCCCCGUGGGACCGGAAGUGGGAGGACGGCUUCGGGGCCGCUUGGAAAGGCGGCUUUCCCCACCCGCCGAGGAGCGGGAGCGGGCCGAGGGGCCGCCCCGGGCCGCCGUGGCACAAGGGGCCCGCGGGGCCCCCGGGCUGGUUCCACGGCCACGGCGGUGCCGGCGGGGCCCGGCACCCGCCCGGGGGCUCGUCGGAUUGGUCCCGAGGUGGGCCGGGAAGGAACCCCAACUGGCACCCCGAAGGAGCGGGAGGCUUUCCCCCUUGGCAUUUGAACGGCGCCAAGGGGAACUGGAAGGCCGGCCCCCGGAGCGGAAAGAGUUGGAAUUACCGCGGCGGCCCGGGAGACAAGUUCCAGCCGGGGAGGAACAGGAGUUCGAACUGCCAGGCGGAAGACGGGAGCCCCGCGUGGAACAAGAAAUUAAGCAAAGCGAGUAAAUACCCCUCGGAGAGGUACAGCUGGCCGCGGCAAGACGCCGGCGACAGGCACCCCGCCGAGGGGCCGCCCGACUUCGCCACCGCACCCCCGGAGGGCCGGACCCCGACGCGGGCGGAGAGCCCGGCCCCCCGGGGCGGCGGGAGGAGCGGCGGAGGGGGCCGGGAGAGACCGCACCGCUGGAGCCCCUACCCGUCCCAGAAGACCCCGGAGCCCGCCGCCGGCCUCAGGGAGCCGGGGGCCGAGAGGUCGGAGCCCAGCGACCCCCGCCCCUUCCAGUCCCGCCCCGUCGCCACCAGGAUGCCGAGAGAACCCAAAGCCGACGGCCCCGAGGGCGGCCGGGAGCCGGCCCCGUCGGCCGGCCCCCGGCCCGGGGGGCGGCCCGACGGGGAGAGGGUUCCGAGCGCCAAGAUGCCGUCGCUCAAGUCCCCCCUCCUUCCGGGCCCCAAGCCGGGGCCCCCGAAGCCAGAUCCCAAGACCCCCUCGACCCCCCGACCGCCGUCUCCCCCGCCGGGAGAGUGUCGGCGGCGGCCGAGCGAUCCCGGCCCCGGGGGCGGCCGGGCCGCCUCCCGCCACGUCUCCAAGCUGCGCGGCUCCUGCUCCCGGCCCCCGCGGGGACACGAGGAAGGGCCGGAUGGGGCCCGGCGGGAGCCCGGCGACGGCCUGAGCGAGGCGCUGCGGAGAGCCAAGGAGGUGCUGCGCCGCAGCUCACCGCCGCGGGGCCCCCGGGCCCGGCCCCCGGACGACGGCGACGGAGAGCCCUCCGACGCCGAGAGGUCCGGCGCGGGGGCGCACGGCGGCGCCGCCUCCGAGGGGGGCUCCCGGCCGGCCCGGAGGGAGGCCGGGUCCCCGGGGGAUCCCGCGCCGGGCCCGGCCGGCCCGCGGCCCGCCCCGCCGCCGGAGCCCGAGGCCUCCGUGGCCGGCGGCGGGGAGGACGAUCCGGCCGGGCCGAGCGGGGCCUCGGAGCCGGAGGCCUUCGGGGAGGGCGGGGCCGGCCAGGCCCCGGGCCCGCUCCUGCCGGAGCUGAGCAGGCUGGGCUUCCCGGCCUCCCUGCAGCGGGACCUGACGCGGCACAUCAGCUCCAAGAGCAAAGCCGGCGCCCACCUCCCCGAGCCGAACCUCAACAGCGCCCGGCGCAUCCGCAACGUGAGCGGCCACCGGCGCGGCGAGGCGGAGAAGGAGUCGGGCCUCAAGCCCACCCUGCGCCAGAUCCUCAGCGCCUCCCGGCGCAACGUCAACUGGGAUCAGGUCAUCCAGCAGGUCUCCAAGAAGAAGCAGGAGCUGGGCAAGGGCCUCCCCAGAUUUGGCAUCGAGAUGGUCCCCCUGGUGCAGAAUGAACAGGAGGGGCUGGACCUGGACGAGGAGCCCGACCCGUCCAGCCUGGAGGGCUUCCAGUGGGAAGGGAUCUCCGUCCCGGCGGCCCCCAGCCCGGGGAGGAAGCGCAGCCUCUCCGAGAGCAGCGUCGCCGUGGACGGGGCCUCGCCCGUCUUCGGUUUCUUCGGCGAGCAGGCUUCCGGCAAGGAGAACGAGCCGCGGCCGGGGGUCCCGGCCGCCCGCUCGCCGCGGGCCCCCCAGGGCCAGAAGGCUAGCGGCGGCCCGCGGGUCGGCCCCGAGCGGGAGGAGGCCCCCCCGGCCGCCGAGACGGCGGACGGCGCGGACGGCCGGAGGCGGCGGGGCGUCCGGGCCGCGCCGCCGGCCACCGGAGACGGGGACCCGGGCCGCCGGGAGGGGCCCGCCCCGGAGAGCAACGGGGAAGGGAACCGACCGUCCUCCUCGUCCACCCCGGCCGCCUCCAGCCUGGCGGACGCGGCCACCGACAGCAGCUGCACCUCCGGGGCCGAGCAGAACGACGUCCAGGGGCUCCGGAAGAAGCGGAGAGCCACGGGCGAUGGCUCUUCUCCUGAAAUUCCAAGCCCUGAGAGGAAGAACAAAAGAAGGAAAAUUAAAGGCAAGAAAGAGCGCUCGCAGGUAGACCGGUUGCUGAACGUCUCCCUGCGAGAGGAGGAGCUGAGCAAGUCCCUGCAGUGCACGGACAGCAGCCUCCUGCAGGCCCGGGCUGCCCUGCAGGCCGCGUACGUCGAAGUUCAGCGUCUGCUCGUGCUGAAGCAACAGAUAACCAUGGAGAUGAGCGCGCUGAGGACCCACCGGAUCCAGAUUCUCCAAGGGUUGCAAGAAACCUACGAGCCUCCCGGCCAGGUCGCUCAGGGCCCCGGCCCCGCCCCGGGCGAACGCAGGAACGGCAGGUCUCAGGCCGCCGCCGCCGGGCCCCCUUUCCCCGCUUUCCCGGAUACGCCCUCUCCCCACCUGGCCCCGGGGGCCCCAGCCCAGGACAGCCCCCCGCCGGCGCCCCACACGCCCGCUCCAGACUCCUCGGUGCAGGUCAAGCAGGAGCCCGUAUCUCCCAGUCAAGGAGACGAGGACGGCACCGCCGGGCCCCGGGACGCGGUCCCCGCCGCCUCCGAGGGAUCCCCGCCGGCCCGCAGACAGCCGAGCGACCACGCCGCGUUCCCCGUCGUCACGGCCACGCCGUCCCUGGCCGAGCUGACCGAGAGCUUCCGGCAGGCCAGUCGGCAGCUCGGGUUGCCGGCGGGGCGGCCGGACCGGCCGCCGCCCUCCCCGGCGAGCCCCGGGCGUCCCCGCGUCAAAAACGAGGGCCGGCCGCCCGCCGCCGGCCCCUCGGCGGGGGAGCCCCGCGGCGGCUCUCCGCCCGCCGGCGCGGCCCCCCCGCCGGGGAAGGAGCCCCGGCGGCCCGGCCCGGGGGCCGAGACCGCCCCGGCCCGCGCCGAGGGCAGGGCGGGCAAGAAGAAGAAGAAGCUGAGGAAGAAGAAGACCCUCCGGGCCGCCCGCGUGCCCGAGAACAGCGACACGGAGCAGGACGUGGCCGCCGCCAAGCCCGCCAGGAAGCUCAAGGCCGGGAAGGGCCCCAAGGGGGCGAAGGUCACGACGUCCACCCUGCCGCGGCGGGCGGGCGGGCGGGCCGGCCCGCCGGGCGAGGAGGGGGACGGGGGCGGGCCGGGCAAGGACGACUCCGACAGCGACUCCUCCCUGGAGGUGCUGGAGAUCCACACCCCGCAGGGCGAGGUGGUGGCCGUCGACUCGUCCGACCCGGGGGACGGGAAGCCCGACGGCCCCUCGAGAAGGGACCCCUCGGCGGCCCCCGGGGUCCCCUUCCCGCAGGCCUGCGACGAGGUCAGCUCCACCAGCGAGAUCGGGGCGGCGGACGGGGACGCCGUCCGCAGGAGCGUGGCCGAGACUCAGACCUCCAUCUCUUCCCUCAGGGGAUCCGAGACCCCUUCAGCUUCCGAGUGUAAAUCGGAGGGCCCGCACUACAGCACAGAGAUGUCCUCGGAGCCCGGGGAGGACGAGGAGCCCACCGAGGGGAGCUUCGAGGGGCACCGGGCGGCGGUGAACGCCAUCCAGAUCUUCGGGAACCUCCUGUACACGUGUUCGGCCGAUAAGACCGUCCGCGCCUACAACCUGGUGAACAGGAAGUGCGUGGGCGUCUUCGAGGGACACACCUCCAAAGUGAACUGCCUCCUGGUGGCUCAGACCAACGGGAAGAACUGUGCCCUGUACACGGGCUCCAGCGACCACAGCGUCCACUGCUACAGCCUCGAGACCCGCCUGUGCCUGGAGCAGCUGCAGCUGGAGGAUCGAGUGCUCUGCCUCCACGGUCGCUGGCGGACCCUGUACGCCGGGCUGGCCGACGGCACCGUGGUCACGUUCGGCUUAAAGAACAACAAGCGGCUGGACGUGUUCGAGUGCCACGGGCCCCGGGCGGUCAGCUGCCUGGCCACGGCUCAGGAGGGGGCGCGCCGGCUGCUCGUGGUCGGCUCCUACGACUGCACCAUCAGCGUGCGAGACGCCCGCAACGGCCUCCUCCUGCGGACCCUGGAGGGACACAGCAAGACCGUCCUCUGCAUGAAGGUGGUGAACGACCUCGUGUUCAGUGGCUCCAGCGACCAGUCCGUCCACGCCCACAACAUCCACACUGGGGAGCUGGUGCGCAUCUACAAGGGCCACAACCACGCGGUGACCGUGGUCAACAUCCUCGGAAAGGUGAUGGUCACCGCCUGCCUGGACAAGUUGGUUCGGGUCUACGAGCUUCAGUCCCAUGACCGGCUGCAGGUGUACGGGGGGCACAAGGACAUGAUCAUGUGCAUGACCAUCCACAAGAGCAUGAUCUACACCGGCUGCUACGACGGGCACAUCCAGGCCGUGCGGCUCAACCUGAUGCAGAAUCACCGCUGCUGGUGGCACGGCUGCUCCCUGAUCUUCGGCGUGGUGGACCACCUGAAGCAGCACCUGCUCACGGACCACACCAACCCCAACUUCCAGACCCUGAAGUGCCGCUGGAAGAGCUGCGACGCCUUCUUCGCGGCCAGGAAGGGAUCCAAGCAGGACGCCGUGGGCCACAUGGAACGCCACGCCGAGGACGACAGCAGGAUCGAUUCCUGAGGUUUUCGCCUCCCACGUUGGGAGGUCAUCUCCGAGACCGCGGCCCGGCCGCUCUCCUCUUCCGUUCCCUUCUCCCCGGGGGGGGGCCGCCCGGGCCCGCGCGCGGGCCCCGCGACGAGGGGGCCGGGCGGCUCCGAGGCUAGAGGUCCCCCUCCGUCGCCCGGCCCGGGGGUCGUCGAGCUUCUCUAAGGCCCGGCUGGCUUUCGUUACGGCACGGGAGCUUCGCGAGCCCCCGGCCCCGCCGGGUUCCAUUUCGUCUGUUUCAGUUUUUAAUCAUUAAAGCGGGGAAGACCCUAA